CGUGGUCAUGUGGAGAUAUACCAAGAGACGGGCGAGGUGUCGAGGCUGGGGGACUGCGGCGUUAUGGUGCGGGCCAGGCCACAGAGGAAUACGGGCAACGAAUUCACUAUAGGAGCCUUUAGACAUUCUGAAAUACUGUAUAAUUCUUCCGUGGACAGUUGGACCCACCUUUAUUCGCCUGUCUCGAAGCUCUCCAUAAUCAUUAAUUUCCCAUUUUCAAUUAAGAAGAGAGAUUGAGACACCGACAGCAGUUGCUGGUACUCCUAAAAAGUUGCAGUGGGGGGAGUGAAGAAGACAUGACUGAUUAUUAUGAUGUUCUGGGAGUGUCACGAAGCGCCUCUCCAGAGGACGUUAAGAAGGCGUACAGGAAACAGGCUCUGCGAUGGCAUCCGGACAAGAACCCAGACAACAAGGAGGAGGCAGAGAGGAAGUUUAAGGAGCUGGCUGAGGCCUAUGAAGUUCUUUCAGACCGGAGAAAACGAGAGGCGUAUGAUACCUAUGGCAAAGACCGAAUUCCCAACAACACAGGCUCCAGUAGCCAUCCCACUCCGGAAGACUUCCCAGGGUGCACCUUUACAUUCCGGAGUCCAGAGGAAGUGUUUCAGGAAUUCUUUGGAGGCCAGGAUCCUUUUGCACAUUUCUUCGAUGACUUUGCCUUCGGAGGAGGGAUGCACAGUGGCUUCCAUGGACAUCCUGGCACUUCGAGGCUCGGCCCAAGCCGGUUUUUCUCCUUCCCCUCUGCUGGAGUGCACGACUUCACCUCUUCCUCGUCCUCCAUGGCUGGAAUGGAUUGGAUGGACAGCAUCGGAGGAGGGAAUUUCAAGUCUGUCUCCACCUCGACGCGUGUCAUCAACGGCAGACGCACCGCCACCAAGAAGAUCAAAGAAAACGGUCAGGAGAGAACAGAGAUCGAGGAAGACGGGGUCUUGAAGACGGUGCUCAUCAAUGGUGUGGAGGAUGAGUUGGCCUUGGCUCUGGAGCUCAGCAAGAGAGACAGCCUGCCCCCUAGCCAACCCUCACAGACUCCCAGGCAACACCUUCAGCAGCAGGCAGAGAGGGCAUUACCUGUGGAGCUCCAGACCCAUCCACACCGACCCGGCUCCGGCCCCCGGUCUAUGGCCCAGCGCUCCUUCAGCUCAGCCCCCUACUUCCACUACCCUGACGUCCCCAGGGAGGAAGAGGAUGAUGAUGAAGAUCUCCAGAUGGCCCUGGCCUACAGCCUGUCUGAGAUGGAGGCCCAGCAGAGAGCGUCGGCUUCAGCACCAGACGUCAUCUCAGGUGCUGGGGGUGUGGUGAUGGUAGAGGUUGGGGGUGAG